AUGUCUAUGCGGAGGAAGUUAUGGCACAAUAUCACCCUUGCCAGUGAUGUCCUCCAACCAUCAACAAGGCACAUCCAACUUCCCUUCCCUCGAAAGUACAAUACCCUCACGGUCCACGCUGCUGAUCUCUCGUUCGGCCAGCCAGUCCAUGAGACACAUCCUCACCUGCUUCAGCCAGGGGAGUUGACUCCAGGAAUCACCGCUCAAGAAUAUGCGGAUCGACGCACCAGGCUGGCGGCCAAGCUGCCCGACAAGGCCAUUGCCAUCAUUGCAGCUUCAGACAUUCAGUUUCGUACAGGAAGUGUCUUCUACGAAUUCCACCAAGAUCCUGAUUUCCUCUACUUGACCGGCUUCAAUGAACCCGAGGCACUGGCUGUCAUUGGUCGGGAUUCAACCGGCACCGAUCAUACCUUCCACCUCUUCGUCCGAGAGAAGGAUCCCAAGGCGGAGAUCUGGGAUGGAGCAAGAUCAGGAACACACGCUGCAGGAGAUGUUUUCAACGCAGACGAGACGGGUGAUAUCAGUAAAGUGAAAAAGGUGCUGUCAGACCUGGUGGGUGAAGCAUCACAGGUUUACACAGAUAUCGCCACUCCCGAUUCCAAUCAAUCCGCACUACGGCGCCUGCUGUAUGGACAGCCCCGAAAGACCACCGAGUUUGCCGAGCUCAUCAAGUCCAACAAAGUCAAUCGUCUGCGACCUAUCAUGAACGAAUUAAGAGCGUUCAAAAGCCCUGCCGAAGUUGAAGUGAUGCGAAAGGCGGGCAAGGCUUCUGGCCGAGCACAUACAGAGGCAAUGAGGCAAGCCUGGACGAGGGAAAAGCAGCUUGAUGCAUAUCUUCGUUACCGAUUUACGGCAAACGGAUGCGAUUCAAUCGCAUUCGAGCCAGUGGUGGCUGGUGGGAAGAAUGCUCUGGGUAUUCAUUACGUGCGCAACGACGACAUCCUCCAGGACGAUGAAAUGGUUUUGGUCGAUGGCGGCGGCAAAUACGGAGGGUAUAUCGCCGACAUCACUCGAACAUGGCCAGUGGGGGGCAAGUUCAGCGACGCCCAGCGAGACCUCUACCAAGCAGUGCUCAGCGUACAGAGAACGUUGAUCUCAUUGUGCCGAGCAAGUGCCAACAUGUCACUGGACAAGCUUCACAGCAUUGCUGAAGAACAGAUGCGCGACGACUUACGACAAAUCGGGUUUGACUUGUCUGCCAAGCAAGUCGAAAGCCUCUUUCCACAUCAUUUGAGCCAUUACAUCGGCAUGGAUGUACAUGACACGGUCGGCUACACAAGAAAAGUUAUUUUGCAAGAAGGACACUGUAUUACUAUUGAGCCUGGGGUCUAUGUACCCGACGAUGAGCGAUGGCCCAAGCAUUUCCGAAACAUGGGAGUGCGUAUUGAAGAUAGUGUAAGCAUACAGGAGGACAGCCCGUUUGUAUUGACAACGGAAGCUGUCAAGGAAGUGGUUGAUAUUGAAGCCUUGCGAGCCUAG